UUUUAAAAGCCUUCUAAAGAAUGUAGAACACAGUUUGAAAACUAUUUUAAUGAUGGUUUAGGUAAGAUAAUUAUUGAAUUAUUAAUUUCCAUAUUUUGAAUUAGAGUUUAUUUACACACAUUAAUUUUAUUCAGGUAUAUCAGAAUCUAUUAAAAUGCAUGAAUCAAAACUUGAAUUAGAAUAUGGUAUUAACUCUGAUGAAUUGGCAAAUGCCACUAUCAAUCCGAAAUACAGGACAAUUCGCCAUUGGUAUGAUGUUUGGAAAGAAAACAAUUUGGGCUCUUCUAAUGAUAUAAGUGUUUUGCAGAAACUUGAAGAGAAGAAAAAGUAUUAUGAAGAAAACGGAAUUAUUGUUAGGUACUCUGAAAAUCCAUUUGCUAUUUUAGUCAUCACCUCUAUAAUGAAAAGAGCUCACCAACUACCAUUUGCCAAAGAUAUCGCUUUUGUAGACAGUACUUCAUCCUGUGACAUUCAAAGUCACUCAGUAACAUUCAUGUUAGCACCAUGUGGUGUUGGAGCAGUUCCGUUAGGUAUAUUCAUAACAAAAGGACAGUCGACUGUUGACUAUAAAGCAGCUUUCACGCUUUUAAAGCAGUCAAUGCCUAAUGGUUUUAAUGCCCAAGGGUUUCCCAAACAAUUUGUUAUUGAUGAUAGUGAAGCAGAGAAGCAAGCACUCCAAUCAAUUUGGCCUGAAUCUAAAAUUAAUUUAUGCAGAUUUCACAUACUACAAUCUGUCUGGAGAUGGUUGUGGGAUACGAAUCAUGAUGUACUUAAAGAUGAUAGAAAGAUUUUGUUCAGACUAUUUCAUAGAAUUUUAGUAGCUACAAACUUGCAUAGUGCUGAAGAAGCUUAUAUGACUGCAAUCGGUCAAAUUUCUACUGAAUACAAUUGUAUUAAUAACACUGUAAUACCUUUAAAAUAUGAAAAAUGGAUUAAAUAUGUUAAUAAUUAUUGGAAAAGAAAAGAGUUAUGGUGUUUGGUAUUUCGAGAUGCUUCUGUUCAUGGGCACCAAACUAAUAAUUUUUCAGAAGUGAAUGUUCGUAUCUUUAAGGACAUAGUUCUCUCUAGGAACAAAGCAUAUAAUGCAGUUGCAUUAGUAGAUUUUAUUUGUACUUCAUUAGAAGAAUAUUAUCUAAGGCGUUUAAGGACUUUUGUCAAUGGGAGAAAUGAUACAGCUCGACAUAUAUUUGAAGAUCAGCUUAAACGAGCAGUAAGUAUUAAAAAAGACUCUAUAAAAAAGUUAUCUGAAAAUAUAUAUAGAGUGCAGUCUGAAACAGAAAAUACUUUUUACGAAGUUGAUGUAAUAAAUGGAUUUUGCUCUUGCCCUAAAGGAAAACUAGGAGCAUUUUGCAAACACCAAGCUGCAAUUUAUCAUCACCAUGAAAUGAAUAUGCCAAGUUUACCAGCUAUUAAUACAGAAUCACGUUAUUUGUUAGCAAAAUUAGCAUUCGGUGAACAUGUGCGCGAAAAAUCAUUUUACAUGCCACUUACUGCAGAAUCAAACAUCAUAAGUAAUAAUAUAGCAUUGAAAGAAGGGGCAGAUUUAAAUGAUCAAAAUAAUGAUGAUCCUCAUUGCUCAAGCUCAAUAAGUCAAACUAUAACAAAUAACUAUAACAAUGAUCAUGAAAAUAACUAUGCUCAUGAUUAUGCUCAACAAAUUCAAAAUUUAUUCACAAAAAAUUUAGAAAAAUAUAAUGAUACAGUUUCAACUUCAGUACUCAAAAAAUGUUUGAAUAGAUUACAAAAAGUUAAGUAUGUUGCAAUGUGGGAAUCAUUUUUAAGUACUGCUGGAAGUAAAAUACCUCUGCGACAUCGAUCUCGUGCAACAAUUCAUGUUCAGCCAACAACUUUGGCACGAAGGAGAUCUGGAGUUACAAGAGGUAGUAAAAGACUGCCUGUAGGACGCCCAAAAAAUAACGAUCCUCCCAAAAAAAAAAGAAGAAGAAAUUUAGCAGAAAAUGUAGAGAAAAAUAUUCCAAAUGCUAAAUCACAUGGAAUAGGUCAUUAAGUUAUAAAUGUAAUUAUUAAAAUAUUAAUAUACCUAUUACCUAUGUUAUUGACUAUUAUUAAAAAUUGAUAUAAACAGUUUUAUUAUUUACUGUAAUUCAUUUUGUUAUUAUAACUAACUAAUUAUUAGUUGGUCUAUGAAUCAAUAAAGCAGCAAAAAAUGUAUAUUAUUAUAUGUUUAUGUAUAUUACCUACUCAUAAAAUAGAUAAAAAAAAAAAAUCAUAGAAUCUAAACGAUAAAAAAUAUAAUAUAAUCAUAGUUGUUACCUACCUGUUUAGUAAAAAAUAAUUUAUUCAAGUAUAAUUUAAUUUAAAAGUUGCCUAUAACCUAUAGCCCAUACAAUUAUCAUAGGUACAUGUAAUUGUUAGGUAGGUAUCUAAUUAACUACCAUACCACUAGGAGUUAUAAAGUAACAUAAAAUGAGAAUAAUAUUAGUAUAUCACUAUUCAGAUCUUACCUUAUAGAAUAAAUCAAUAAAAUAGAAUAUACAAGUACAUUUGUAUUACCUAAAAAAUUAUC